UAUUUUGCCGUCAAUCUGUUUUGUAGAACAGCCAAAGCAAAUAAUCGUAUUUAAUUGCCUACCACUGUGCUAGUGUGCCAGAAUGAAAUAAUAACUUAAUAAAUUACAAAUACUAAAAAUUUUCCUUUUGUCUUUGAUACUUAGUGACUAUUUAAAUUAGGUUACUUGUAAAUAAGGUUUCGCUAUAUUAUAUUCUGCACCGAAUUUGCAAGCUUAGAGAAAAAUGGGGGUACCGAAGUUUUUUAGAUACACCAGUGAACGGUAUCCUUGUCUUAAUGAGUUAGUUAAGCAGUAUCAGAUUCCAGAUUUUGACAACAUGUACCUGGAUAUGAAUGGAAUCAUACACAACUGUUCUCAUCCUGAUGAUUCCAAUCCACAUUUCCGUAUCACGGAAGAGAAGAUAUUCAAAGACAUAUUCCAUUACAUCAGCAUUUUGUUUCAAAUUAUUAAGCCCAAGAAGCUAUUUUUUAUGGCUAUCGAUGGUGUAGCCCCAAGAGCUAAAAUGAAUCAGCAGAGGGGAAGGAGGUUCCGAUCAGCAAGGGAAGCUGAAAAGUUAGAGGAAACUGCUAAAGAAAAGGGUGAGGCUCUACCGACGGAAAAGAGGUUUGAUAGCAACUGUAUCACGCCCGGAACAGUGUUCAUGGCUCGUCUUCAUGAACAGCUCAAAUAUUUUAUCAAAGAGAAGAUAUCAACGGACCCUCUUUGGUCCAAAGUUAAAGUUAUUCUGUCCGGACAUGAGACGCCCGGUGAAGGAGAACACAAAAUAAUGGAUUACAUUCGCUGGGCUCGUUCGCAGCCCGACUAUGAUCCCAGCACCAGACACUGCUUGUAUGGACUCGAUGCAGACCUCAUUAUGCUAGGAGUUUGCACACACGAACCACACUUUGCCUUGCUGCGAGAAGAGGUUAAAUUUGGCAAAACAACUCAAAGGGCAACCAGCCCCGAAGAAACUAAUUUCUAUUUGCUCCACCUAUCACUACUAAGGGAAUAUUUGGAGCAGGAAUUCAUAUCCAUCAAGGAUAAUCUGCCAUUCCCUUACGAUAUUGAAAACAUUAUUGACGAUUGGGUUCUCAUGGGGUUCUUAGUGGGCAAUGAUUUUAUACCAAACUUGCCCAACAUGCAUAUCAGCAAUGACGCUCUGCCGCUCCUGUACAAAACAUACAUGACUGUCCUGCCUACUUUGGACGGCUAUAUAAAUGAAUCGGGAGAUUUGAACUUACGAAGGUUUGAAGUGUUCAUGCAGGAGCUGGCUAAGAUUGAUAAAGAGAAAUUUCAAGACACUUAUGCCGACUUGAAAUACUUCGAAGCCAAAACUGGCAGACGGCCCAACGCUAACGAGAGGAGAGAUUACAAGCCCAACAAUGACGACACAUUCAACGUCAACUUGGACGAUAUCAAAGCCAACAAGCCAGAUGACGAACUGCAGGCCCUUAUUGAUGCUACACAGGAAAUGUUUAUGGAUGACAUGAAGAGCGAUGAAGACUAUGAAGAAACUAGUGAUGAGGAAGCGAACAUGGAGAUGGAAUUCAUUCUACAUAAGAAAGACUAUUACAUGAACAAGUUGGACUAUUCAAAGGUUACUGACGAGGUGCUAUCAGACCAAGCCGAGUGUUACGUCCGAGCCAUCCAGUGGAAUCUGUGGUACUACUACCGAGGCUGCCCCUCCUGGUGUUGGUACUACCCUCACCACUACGCUCCAUACAUCUCGGAUAUCAAAGACUUCGGGAACAUGAAUAUGGAGUUUGAGCUGGGAGAACCGUUCAAGCCCUUCGAACAGUUGUUGGCGGUGUUGCCAGGCGCCAGUAAGCACCUCCUGCCGACUCCGUUCCACGACCUGAUGACGGACGAGGACUCGCCCAUAGUCCACUACUACCCGGUCUCCUUCGAGACCGACCUCAACGGGAAGAAGAACGACUGGGAAGCUGUCGUCCUUCUGCCCUUCAUCGACGAGACAAACCUGCUAUCGGCCAUGUCUCCCUGCUACCAGCGACUCACUGAAGAGGAAUUGAAGAGAAAUUCUCACGGACCGAUGUUAGUUUACAACUGGACAGCUGACAGUUUAGGGCCAAUAAUAUCCCCGGAAUAUUUCCCAUCGAUAAAAGAAAAUCACGCCGUGGAAAAGGCUGUGUGGCGACACGAGCUCGACGUGCCGCUGCAUCUGUUGAAGAGGGGGAUGCUGCCCGACGCCGACAAGGACGUGCUGUACCCGGGCUUCCCCACCAUGCGCCAUCUGAAGUACAAGACGAGUAUAAAGAAGUGCAAGGUGAAGGUUUUCGACCAGCCGUCGCGCAAUGAGAAUAUGAUGCUGCAAAUUGUACCCACUGCCACAACUGACCCCGCGCUGGAGGAACUGGCCGCCAAGAUACUGGGCCAGGUCGUUUGGGUCGGCUGGCCGCAUUUAACACGGGCCAAAGUACUCUCAAUAUCUAACGAGAAGAUCCGCCUUCACUACAAUAACCAAAACCCCGAGCUGCCCUACACCACGGAACACAACACGGGCAACCUGCACCAGCAGUGGAUAUCGGAGAGGUCUACCAUUAUAGAGCACAACAUGAAUCGUCUCGGCAUAGAGUUGGGAGACGUCAAAGUUAUAAUACACGCUGUCAAUUUACGAGGCUACAAGUACGUUAUACAAGACGGAAGCUGCAUGGUGAUGGAAGAUCAGUGGUGCUCCGUCCCUUGCGGGUACGCCUGGCAGGCGGUCGUCUGCGGGGCGCUCGCCCCCUCCGCCCCCGUCAAGUACAGGACGCCGUUGGAGGCCUACCCGCCCGGAGAUCACGUGUUCCUCCUCACCAUGGGACAGUACUAUGGAUGUAUUGCAACCGUGCUGAGUUCAGAGUCUAUUCGUAGCGGUCGUAUAAAGGUGUCCGUCCGCGAAUGUACGGAGCCGGUAGUGGCCAGCCAGUGUUUCGUGAGCCCCUACCGCACCACUCACCACGCGGCCGCUUCAUGCGGGAUAUCUAAUCAGCUAUUGUCCCGUAUAACGGGAACAGUCCUCGUCAUACCCGGAGAGAGAAAUGAUCUCCCCACCGAGACGCAGAACAAAAUAAACGUCGGACUAAAUCUUAAGUUCAAUAAGAAGAACCAGGAGGUGUCAGGUUACAGUCGUCGGAGUGCGAACGGCUGGGUGUAUUCCCCCCGCUGCGUGGCGCUCGUGCAGGAGUACGCGGCCAAAUAUCCUGAAUUGUUCGACGCCCUCGCCAACGCUCAUAGAGACGUGUUCUUUGAAAGCGAUCUAUGGCCGGGGGAUUUGGGCAAGAACAAAGUUCAAGAUAUAGCGGCCUGGUUGAAGUCCCAGCCUCACAGCAGCGCGCCGAGGCGAGAGUGCGGCUCCGAGGCCUUGGAACCGGAAGAGAUGAGGGCUCUCUACAACACGCUGGAGACGCAGAUACGCGACCUCAAGGACAAGGAGAAGAACGUCACACUACACGUCAAAUGGAGCCUGCUUUAUAAGUGUGAACUCCACGAGGGGAACAUCCAGCCGGAUGUCAAAGCUGACUACCGGAUGUACGACCGCGUGGUGUGCGUGGCCAGCAAUAUAACUGUGCCUCUGGGGUCAAAGGGCACCAUCACCGCCAUCUAUCAGCCGUCCAACGGAAACACCGUCCGCCUAUCAGACAAGUUGAACGCCUCGCCCAGCUACCAGGUCAUGUUUGACGAACCCUUCCCUGGCGCCAUGAAGGAAGAUCUGUUCGAGGAGGCCAGGUUCUAUAGGAUGCAGCCCGCUCAUAUAUUGAAUAUAUCAUACGGGCGGAAAUUACGCACCGCGAGCGAGCCCCAGGGCUUCGAGUACAACCAGUCGGCACAACAUAACUACACUUGUAACUCACAACCGCCCACCGUACUGCGGAGAGAUGACGGACACUACUCUGCCUUCGCCAGCUACAGCCCCCCGCGAGAGAUCAAGACACCAGUGAUUGAACAUAAGCCUAUCGUUAACAACAACGUUAAAAACGGCCAGACGCCGGACAGCGCCACCAACUUGCUGAGAAGUCUGUUGAGGAUCAGCGAGGGAGAGGCGGACGGAUCCAGGAGCAAUAAGAACGUUCCAGAGACGAACAGCAACUGGCGGUCAAGAAGUGACAAAGCGACCUCGCCGAAUAAAACAACUCAAAACAACUGGCGAAGAGAGGCAAAUACAUACAGUCAGGGAGAGUGGAGCAACACACAGAGACAGAAGCCUAUCGGGAUGCCAUCUAUGCCGUACCCGUGUUUCGGCGCCUCGCCCCCUCGCCCGCACCAGCCCCAAAGCUUCCCCAAACACUUGCCGGACGUCAGCCAAGGAAUCAAUCUCAUGCCGUCCUGGACUAAGAACGAGAACAUAAAAUCCGUUCCGCAGCCGGCUCAGCAAACAAACAGACAAGUCAACAACGGGGAGAAGUACAGCAAUCCAUUUGUUCCGCUGCAAGUUCAAACCAGCCGGAGGCGCGUCCAAAACUCAAGUGGUUCAUCACAGAGACGCGAUCUCGAAGGACUACCGACACCGAAGGUCAUUCACCCCACACCAAAUAACACCUUGUUUAACGUUCAGCCGCAGCAGAGUCGUCCUCAGAGGAAGAAAAAACCAAGAAUAGCUGCCAACUUGCCCUUCCAGAUGGACUAACAACAUUACACUGUCUAUAAGAUACACACAGAUCCCCGCACGCACGGGGCUACACGUGUCUUUAUCUCCUGCUUUUUAAAUAUUCAUUUAUGUAUCCAUCGCCUGUGUGUCGACUGAUUGUGCACUGUACAGUAACCUUAAUACAAGUUCGCACGUCACACUCGGUACGGAGCGUUAAAAGUUGUUCAUUCUAUACUAUGUUGACAGUCGAUAGUCUCAUAGGGAUAUGUUUAUAGUAGAAAACUUUAAAUUUUGUGUAUAGUUUGACAGACUCGUAUUAAGUGUACAAGAUAAUCGUGUUGUAUAUUUUGUAAAUACCUUGAAAUGAGUGUUUGAAAGUUCCUUAUAGGAAAUUAACGUUUUACGUUCAAACGUUAGGUUAUGAUGUGAACGUUUUUAAACUUAAUUAUAUAAUUUUAAGAGAACAUUUUAAAAUAAACUCCAUUUGGUAAAAAUUGGAUAAUAAUAUUUAUCCUGACAUUACUAUAUAUAUGUAAAAAACAGCGUCACUUGGGCGUAGCUGUAAUAGUAAUAACAUAUCGUUUAUUUACAAACCAUUGUUACAUCCUAGAAAUGACAUUAGUAAGGUGCAGAUGUAUGUCUGUACAGGAAUCUGGUGACGGACAAACAUAUGGGUUAGUAAUUAAAUUGUUCGUUAAUUAAAACAAAUUAAUUAAAUUAGAAAUUAAAAAAAUAUCUGAAAACAAUAGAAAAUGCUCCAUUGUCGUAUAUAUAUAUAUAUAUAUUUAAAACUUAAUAUUUAAUGUAAUUGAUAAAUUCUUAUAUAUAUUUUUUUUGUGGACAAGUAGUUGGUAUACUCAAAGAGUUCAUAUUUCAUAUCUAUCCAACAAAUAAAAUCAGUCGCUCGACAGGUUCAUAAAUAAAAUAAUUUUGCAUUUAAAAAUACCAAAUUAGGGAAAACCAGAAAGUAAAUAGUGUAGAAAAAUCGUAUAUCUAAUAAAAUAGAUUUUUAUUAAAAUUACAUGUAUUGAGAAUAACUGAACUUAAUAUAUUAAUUAGUUGCAUAUCCAUUGUUGAUAGUGACUCUAUGUGUACAAAUCUCGGGAUCUAUCUUAAGAUAUUUAUAUCUUGUGCGUUACUACCUAGUAAGUCAUGCAAACUAUUGAAUCGUAUUGGAAUAAUUUAUAUUGAAAUGUUGAAUUUUAACAAUUGACAUCAUUAUUAAUGACUAUACUUAUGCAAAAGUCACAUUAAAAAAAAAAUCUAUAUUUUUAUAAACUUUUUAUGAAUCUGAUUUUUGUUAUUUUUUUUCUUUACAGCUUUCGUUUGGGAGAUGUGCAUGUGUAUAAUAAAAUAUUAAUAUGGCAUAAUAUAUACUAGUACAAUGUCUUCAACUAUCUUAAUGUAUGUAUUAAAAUAAUAAUUAAGCAAAGAGAUCUUUGUUAUAAUAUAAUAUUAAGUGACAUUUUUAUUUCUACAAUCAUAUAUAAAAACUAUUAUUUCCUUUACAAAUGUAAUUCGCGUAAAAUUCCUAGAACCAUUCAAAGGUUCCUUAUUUUGUUGGGUAUUUACAAUGGACUCGAGUUUCUCAAUAAAGUGGUUUUUAUA